AUGCGACCUUCGCAAAAAAAAAAUGAAAGCUUUUCGAGGGAUGUCAGAGUUCAUUUCCGGCACCGUCGAAGUCCCCUGCCGCAGAAAAAUAAAGACCUAAAGCAAGACAAGGAAACCAAAGCCGAAACACUGGCCACAAAUGAUCAAAAAGUGAAUUCCAAAAACUCAAGUGGUGAAAUUAGCGUCCAAGAGGCUGCCAAGGCGCUUACUUUGGCAACCAACAAUGUGGACAACGUUAUAAUGGUCAUUCAGAACCCUCAAUCAUCCGAGGACGACAUCCGUAAGGCAGCUCAAGUAGCCCUCAAGAACGAAGCUGACGAAGAUUUCCUCAGAGAAACGCUGGCUAGUGGGGCUCUAAAAGCCGGUGAAGCUCAGAGUGCGCUAGCAAUCAUCAGAGAUCAAGGUCCUACAGUUGUUUCCGAAUUCAAAGAAAUAGAGAAAAACGCUAAAGAUAAGGAUAAAGUGCUAGAAUCGUUAAAAAAGAUAGUAUUAGCAAGACUUCAAGUAGUGGCGGCCAACAACGACUUAAUAGGAGGAAUUAAGGGCGGAGAUCGGAGGUUAGUGUUGAAAUCGCAAAUCAGUCCCAGUCAGCUUGCAGUUGGGGGGAAAUUGGACGGCGAUCAAAAGAAGGUAGUCGAGGAAGCGCGCAAGAACUUAGCAGCUCAAACCAAGAAAGUAGAUGAAGCAGUAGCAGUCAUCCAGAAGAAGGGCAGUUCCCCCCAAGAAAUCGAAGCUGCUGCGAAGGAAGCAUUGGUUCAGGAAGCCGACGAGGAUUUUGCCCGGGAAGUUUUAGUGAGUGCGGCCAGUGAUGCUAAAGCAGCUGUAGAAGCUUUGGCGGCCGUUAAAGAGCAUGGGCCAAGUGAAGUCAUUGCUGGUUUUAAGGGUAUUGCAGGUGAUCCUAGCAAUGCAGCUUCGGUCAAAAAGAACAUUGAUUUGGUCGUGAAAGGUCGUGAAAAAGUGGUGCCCGCAAACUUGAAAUUGAUUGAACUAUCAGGCGGAUCCACCGGCGCCCGACAAGCCGACAAAAAGCUAGUGACGUCUGAGGCCGGCCAGACGCCGUCUACCCUAGACCCUCUCACCAUCACGCCAACGACGGACGAUAAUAAGAAAAAGGAAAAGAAAGAAAAGAAGGCUGGGUCAGAGGGCGGCCAGAACACGUCUACCAUCGACGCUCUCGACAUCACGCUUACAAGGGACGACAAGGAGAAGGACAAGGAAGAGAAAAAGACAAACCGCGUCGAUCAGAUAAGUUUAGCCGAUGGAUCGUCUAAUGAAGACAGACGGAAACUAGACGCUUCAACCAAGCCCGAAAAGGGCAAGCUGGGCACCACAGCCAAAACUGGGGCCGUAGAUGACGAUAUCGAGGUUACUAGGAAGCUGUUAUCAAGACUCUCAGGCCCUGGCUCUGAAACCUCCGUGGUCUUGGUCGGCUCUGCUCCCGCUCGAGUCAAUGCCCAAAAUGCAUUGUCGGGAACAACCACGAAAAAAGACACUUGA